ACAACAAAUCUGAACCCUCCGUUCCACCCUCGCCGCGCGACGCAAGUCACGCAGACGCUGCACGCUGUCGUCUCGCCCGUCUUCCCCCCGAAGGCCGCCCCGACCUCACCGCGUCUUCUCCUACUCGGCUUGACCCCUCCACCACCUCCAUGGGGUCGUCGGAGGCCGACGAGGACCAGCUCCUCAAGAGCUUCCUCGCGGAGGUCAGCGAGGCCGAGCGGGACAACGAAGUGCUCAGGAUACUUGGUUGCUUCAAGUUAAACCCCUUCGAGCAUCUUAAGUUGUCUUUUGAUUCAUCACCAGAUGAGGUGAAAAAGCAAUACAGGAAGUUAUCAUUGUUGGUCCAUCCUGAUAAAUGCAAGCAUCCUCAGGCACAAGAAGCUUUUGCAGCUCUGGCAAAAGCACAACAGCUCCUGCUUGAUCCACAGGAAAGAGGCUACAUUCUUGACCAAGUUACUGCUGCAAAAGAAGAAUUGAGGGCAAAGCGGAAAAAGGAGCUGAAGAAAGAUAGUGCGUCCAAGAUAAAAUCUCUUGUAGAUGAGGGAAAAUAUGAAGAGCAGUUUGAACGAUCGGACGAAUUUCAGCAGCAGUUAAUAAUUAAAGUACGUGAAAUUUUGACGGACAAAGAAUGGCGUCGGAGAAAAAUGCAAAUGAGGAUAUCUGAGGAAGAAGGAAGACUUAAGAAGGACGAGGAGGAAACAAAAGAGAUGUGGAAGAGGAAGAGAGAGCAUGAAGAGAAGUGGGAGGAGACCAGAGACCAGCGGGUCUCCAGCUGGAGGGAUUUCAUGAAGACAGGAAAGAAGGGACGGAAAGGUGAAAUCAAACCCCCAAAAUUAAAGACUGAAGAUCCAAACAAAUCUUAUGUCCAAAGGCCAGUAAAGCGCAAUUGAGAGGAAUGAUAUUAGUGUCAGCAAUCAAAGAACAUCUGGUAGCGAUCUUUGGUGUCACCAGAUUCAAACUGCAACCCUUCCAUGUUGCGCUGGCCCUCAAGGUUGUGAGGUUCAAUUAUGCCCGCUGGGCUGAUGAGCUCUAGUGUCGUCAGUGAACAGAACAGAUUUUACCCGUAUUGCUACCUAGAGUGAUUUGGGUGAUGUACUCAUCAGUCUGAAGAUUUUACUGGAAAGAAGUACAAAUUUUCCGUUGGAAAAGAACCUACUGAAGUGAAUGUUGACAGGCUCGUCUCUUUACUGUUUUGUAUCAUUUUAAUGUAAGUAAUGCUGAUAUAUAUACAUGGUUUGUCAUCAUUGAUGCACUUUUCACUA